CGAGCAUCUUUGCAUGUGGCUUUUGUCCACUUAUGUACCUUCUUUGGAGGAAGGUCUAGUCAGGUCCUCUGCCUGUUUUCAAGUUAGCUUUGUUGUUGCUGUCGUCAUUGUUGCUGAGUUGUAGCGAUCCUUAUAUGGACUAUAGAUCAGCCCUGCCUUGAGUACUAACACCAGCCUGGUGCCUGGCAGACCUGCUUUCUGGUCUUGCCUCUAUUGGUAAACAGUUCUGUUGCCUCAACUCUGGCUUCUCAACUGCCCCCAGGAAUGUGACAACGUCUGAAGCCGUCUUGGUUGUCAUGGCCGGGGAGCGCCCUUUGAAUCCAGGGGUAGAGGUCAGGGAUGUUGUCAAGCCGCCUGCAGUGCACAAGGCAGCCCCUCACAACAGAGUUACCCGGCCUGGUGUGGCAAAAGUGUGGAGGUCGAGAAGCCCCUCAAGGACUCGGUUUCCUCACCUGUACAGUGGGAGGGUUGGACCAUGCGCUCUGGAAGGCACAUUGCUGUUUCGAUCCCUCAUGUAUUCGCUUCCAUCCUCUGCAUCAACGAGUAAAACAUAUACUUACAGGUCCUCCUAAGCCUCCAGUGGGUGUUUACGGUCUCAGUUUUCACUCAGCUCACACCAGCUUCUCGGCUCGGGGAGCUCUGGCUCACUUUGCAAACAGCUGGUGUGGGAACAAGAGCCAUGUCCCCUUGGAGGGGCCCGAGGACCACAUGGUGGGAACAGCAGAGGGCUGGGGCCACGGGGCCGGGUUCAGACCCUCACAGGCCGAGCAACUCGGGACAAGUUUGCCUCCUUCUCCCUUGUGCAUUUCCAGCUGAUGCCCGUUCCCUUGUGGGGACUGAGACACGCGUGGGGCUGGGACCUCGAAGUCUUCAGCAAUCCCUGGACCCUCUGACUGCAGCGUCCGGUCUCCAGAUGGAGAUGAAACGACAGGACGUGCAGAGGGAAGGUGCUCGCUCAUGUUUGCCCAGUGACUGAAUGAAUGAAGGCGCCUGCUCUGAGUCUUCUUGAGGCAAAAGAAUCCAGUUAUUCCAUGGCUUCUGGAAACCUGGAGCUGAUCAAGGACUACACCCCGCGCUGAGCUGCUCCUGAGACGCUGAGCUGCCGGCUGGACAGCAGACUCACGCUGCCCGAGGCGUCUAGAACUGUUGUGGACUUCUGGCCGUCAUCCGAGGGCUGUCCCGGGGGACAGCAGGAAGGCCCUGACCCGUCAGAACACCGUUGAGCUGCUCACACACCCGCCUCCAGGGAUCAGCAAGCUGUUUCAAAGCCUGUGAUGUGCACACGGACUUGCAUGUGCCGCGUGGUCCACCAUCAGGAGGGCCCUCAGGUGAGCGUGGGUCAGUGAGUUGCAGCGGGAACCCCCUAAAUACGGAGCCUCGCGUCUGCUCUGUUGGUGCGUCAGCUUCCACUGUGGACCAAGGCUCAGACCUGAGAGGCUCACCCACACGGGGUAAGCAGGGUACGUCGGCCAAAGCAAAUCCAUGGUCGUGCCCAGGAUUGGGGCAGGGAGAUACUCCCUUCCCGUGGAGGGGCGAGGUGGAGUGAAGACUCACUAAACAACAAUAUAAUUUACUUUCACUCUCCUUAGUUCUAUACUUUAGGUGGAAAUGUCAGGGGCUUCACGUGGUGAUCUUGGGAACACGGGGAAACCUCGGGAUGCUAGGUGUCUCUGGGUGCGGAGAAAAUAUGAAUGACCAGUGAAAGGUGAGCAUUUUCCUGGUAAUCACGACUCAAGCAGACCAUAUGCUUACACUUUGUUCUAAUCGGGGUUAAGGAAACACCAGAUUUUUCGUGGGUUUUGAUGGGAGGAAAGAAGGAGUGGUUUCUAGGCAAUGAGGAUGCGGCCCCUCGCUUUGCCUGUCGUGGUUCACGUUCUCUCCGGGUCCUUCCUGGUCUAAUAAAGAGCAUCCUGGCGGAAGAGACACUGGAGCAGGUGCCUUUGCAGCGCAGGCUCUGGGUCCCGUUCUGGUCAAGGAGGCGCACGGGGACCCGCUGGCUCUGCUACCAGGCUGCCCCGGGCACCGUGCCUCUGCCUGCCCUCUCCCCCCCACCCCCCUACCCCCAGCUAUAAUGGAGGGAAGUGACCUACAGGGCAGGGGGCAGCCCCCAAGGAUUCGGAACUCUGCAUUGGCCGGGCGCUGAGCGGAAAGAAAGGGUGACUUGGACAGUGGCCGAGCACAGAGCUGCCCUCGCAUUGUUGGUGCGUCUUCCCCAGGCCUCCCCGGAAUCUCAGGGGACCUCACACAGGUGCACGUGAGAGCCUGUGACUGUCACACACUCUCUUUCCUCCUCUUUGUCCUGAGAGCCUCCAGCUGGAGUGUGUGUGGCCCCUGCCCUGUGCUCAGCAGUGGGUUUUACGGUUACCUUGUGAACUCGGGGUGCCGGUCCAGCAUUUAGAUUUUACUGUGUGUGGGUCACCUUGUGUAUGGAGCAUAUCACUGAUUCGAAUCAAUCGAUCAGUGCAUAUCACAUAGGAGCUAUUCUGAAGAGCACCCCCCCGUGAGAGCCGCACUGGGCCUGGAAUUAAGAGGCUGUCAGGAGGGAUUAGAGCCCGAGUCCAGCUUUCCCUGGACCGGCUGUGUGCCUUCAAGGAAUCACAUGGUCUGGCUCAGGCUUUGUUUUCUUGGUACAAAAUCCAGAUACAGAUGUACUCUGGUCUCUCGGGGCAGCCGUGAAGAUCCAAGGAGAUAGCGGGUAUGGGCGGAAGGGACGGACUGUGGCCAGUGGCACUGCCACGUUGCAGGCAGUUCUAAUACUCGGGACCCCGGCUUCGGAGUUCAAACACUGAAUGGACGCCGACCUCCCUCCUUCCCUCCCACCCCAGUGAAACAGCUGCUUUUAUAAAGGCCGGUGACCUUUGAUAAGGCUUGCCAGGUGUUCUUAAAGCAUCUCCUUGCUCAGGAAACCUUCUUAAAGAGAGUGGGCACGUGAGGCAAGGACGAGGGUGCCCGUGCCUUCAAGGAAACGGUGAUGGGAAUCUUGCUCCCGGUACCGAUUUGCUUAGUGAGUCCUUUCCCACGGAAGCUGAGCCCCAGCCAGGUCACGUCUGAGUGAUGGCAGAGCCUGUGUUCACAGCCCAUGAAGGAGAGUCUCCUUCAUGGCGUUCCAUUACGUCAAGGAGCACGUGCUUGGCCCAUUUCUGAUGUUGAUGGGAGCAUCUAAACACCCACUCGUGGGCCGGUUAAAAAUACCUGCAGGUAACGCCUUUGGGAUGGACAGCAGGCUGGGUGCGGCCUGUGCAACUCUGACCAUCCUGUGAUGCCCUGGGUUCCAAGCUCCGAUCCACGGAUCAGCUCCGCUCGCAGUCUGUGCGUUUCUUAGGGGGCUACUGGGAGCACGUCUCCAUCCGAUGGGGACCCUUCAGCGGAGCUGCCCUGCACUGUCCCGUCCCUGCCCUCCGGCACCCAUGGUGCUGCCGGCUGAGGGUGGCAGGUUGUCCUUUGAGUCCACACUUUGCCUGGCUCCGCCUGCCAUCAGAAACGCACGGUACUAGGCCUGAGGGGGAGCUUUUCCGUGGGGUGGGUGUCCUGUCAGGAGGUGAUGGUCAGGCUGGCUCUGGAAGACUGAAUAGACGUGUUUUCCAUCGGGAGGAGGGGACAAGAUUUUGGCAACCGACCAGGGCAGGUGCAAAAGCACAGCUGGCUGAACGCCACAACGAUGGGGAUGGAGGUGGAGGGGAUGAGAUACAAACACACGGGCGACGCGGAGGGGCGUGGGCACUUCCUGAGUGUGAUGGGGCUGACGGGACCCAUGAGGCUCUUGGGACAAGGGGCUCAGUGUCUGAGGCCCUGCUCCUCGGGGACCUGGGCACUCUCUGUAGAGCUGGGUGCAGAACCACCCACUGUGCUUCCCAGCUGACCUUCUGGAAGGCAGACCACCUGCCCGGCUGGGGACAGAGGCCACCUCAGGGCAGGCGGGACCCCAGGGGCCAGGGCUGGUGUCCCUGCGUUCAGGGCUUAGGUAGCGCCAAGGGCUGCUUUCGUCAGCAGGUGUUUCCCAGACGAGGUGAGCCUGGCUGGCCGGCUGGGGCAUGUGGGGUCCCUCAGGGCUGGAGCGCAGCCUCCAGAUGGCCUGAGAAGGGCAGAGGGUGGUGGGAAGGUGCUGCCCGAAGGGACGAGGAACGUCUUGGAGGCCGAGCCCGGGCCGGGGGGGGGCGGGCUUCUGUCUGCUGAGCUCCAGGGUGGAGAUGCACCACCCCCCGGCCCCCUUGUCCCCUCGUCCCCCUCCAUCCGUCCUGUCCCUCGUCGCUAGCCGCCUCCCUCUAUUCCCCCAGGCCCUGCCGGUGAGCAGGUCUCGGCACAGAGCCCUCCCGCCGGCGGGGCCGCACAUGCAGGUCCACGGUCGGAGCGUGCGGUGUGGUUGCUGAUACUUAGAGGAGGUCUCUGGCUCGUCGCUUCCACGGGGCCGUUAGUCCAGGCGUGUGGCUCCAGGGCGCCGGCCCCGAGGAAGCUGCCGAGGCGGUUAGGUGGGAAGGGCCCGCCGCUUCCUGCAGGGACCCCGGCAGCAGCCUGGACAUGGUACCCAGACCCGGGCCUGGCCUUGGGCCAUGUCUCAGGCACGCUUUCUUCAGACGUCUGCAAACAGAAAGACAUGUUUCGCAUUAACUGGCGAUGGACGGGUACAGUCUUCUGGAGGAAACUCGGGGUAAACUUCAGGCCACGACCUCCCAUGGGCUGGGCCAGACCCUCCUGCACAAACAUCUUCACAACGUGCGGCCCCCAUGAGUCAGCUCUCCCUUCCGAGGAACAGACACUCAGUCACCGCUGCCACCAAGAUCUUAUACUGUCGUCCCCUUUUCCAUUUACUUCUGAUCUAAAAAAAAAUGAGGUGAAAAACUGGUUCACGGUGUAGUUGACAGAAAAUACGUUAUCUGUGCUGCACAGAUAGGCCAUCCUGCAGCUAUCUGAGUUAUAAUAUUCUAUCGCCUAAAUAAGGUCGUCGCUGCGGGACGGAUUACACUGCGGUACUGGCCAGCACAGAGGUGGCUCAGGCGCCCUGGGUGAGAUCGCAGGGUUGGGGAGGCUGACAAGUCACCCCAGUGGGACACAGAACUGCGCACCGGGAGCCCUGCAGCCGGAAUUGGGGAAACAGCUCAAGGCCUGGGUCCUGGCUGGGGGCUGCGAUGGGAACCACCCCUGCUUGGCCGGUUUGCCGUCUGCUCCCUCCGGCUGGAGUAUCAGCUUGUUGAAGGUACCGUCCUUCCGGGUGGUGGCUGACACGCUGGUCUCGUGGUUGCCCCUCACAGUGGCGUGGGCAGCUACCUCCUUCCGUGGCCUCAGCUCUCGUCACUCUGAGUGUUAGGACAGGGGCCCCCCGCCCGCUCACACGGCACUGCGUGUGCUCAGGCCUCGGACCCGUGGGACCCUGACUCUGGGGAAUAAGGAGCGGGGUUGAGAUCCACGAGCGCACCCUCAGCACAGGUGGGCUCUGACUUAUUUCACAAUCAAGUUCGUCCUGGAAUUGGGGCGUGGAUCCUGGGGACCGCCCCAUCUGGCAUCCUCGAUUUCCGCCCACCAGAAACUGGGGGUUCGAGACGGGCUGUACUCCACCCAAGCUCCCCAGGGGCCCAGGCGCUCCCUGGGGUGGAUGACGCCAGCCUGUGUCGGAACAGCCUUUAUAGGUUUUCAAAAGCCUAUUUAUUGCAUGUACUAUACAAUUUUCUUUUUAAAGGAAACCUAGCUUUUUCUUUUUUUAAAAAGUCUCCUUAAAAUGAGAGUCUCCCUGACCCUGCCCACGCUGAGUUCAAAUUGUCACUGCCGUCCCCCCACACCUGAGCGUCUCCACACUCCUGCAACAUUGGUCUAGGGGUCUGCCUGGGGCCAGGGUCUCCUGCUGGCCCAGGUUCUGUGCGAGUGACCCACUGCUCCCCUGGCUCUGGGCCUGACUGGAGCAGUAGCUCCGCCCAAGAGUGAAGGAGAAUGUGUCAGAGUGAACAGGCUCGGCCGGGGAUCCUUCUGCAUCUAAUCUCAGCACUGACCCGCCAUGGGUUACCCACUUACCCUUGGCCUCCGCAUCUGUCAGGUAGAGAUCGCAGUGCCUUCCUGGCUGGGUUGUCAUGGAGAUUUAGCAGCAUCUGGUCUGUAAAUCACAGAGCACGGGGCCCACCACGGGAUCCCUAACCCCCUCCCAUUCCUCCCAGCCCCUCCUAGCCAAGAUGUUCAUGCCAGAGCUGGGGACUCAUAGCUCUGGACCUGACACGUCACCACGAAGACCCCCGACGGGAUCCUUCGUCAGGAGACUGCCUUUGGAGUUGUUGAGCCUGCAGUGGGUGCUUGGGUGCCCGAAGCUCAUCUGACUAUACCACAAUGGGCAUCGGAGAGAUGGAAGGUUCUGAAGGUCUGAGGACUGUCUGGCAAAAAUAAUAAUUUCCUCGUUAUUGAAAAUUUUUAUAAAAUACAUACAGUUACGGUAAUAUAGCUGACAUAAAGUGGGUGCUUACAACCUGCCAGCUACAUGCUAUGUGCUUUAGAGGGAGUAUUUUAUUUAGUCUUUGUGAUACCUUUUCUCUUCUUUUUACAUAAGAAAACUGAAGUGCAAGGAACUGAAGCAGCUUCCUGACGUCACAUGUAAUGGGUCCUGGAGUGGAACCUGAAUUUGUCUGACCUAGAACCCAACACUCUCACCUCACUCUCUAGCUCCCAGGCUCUUUAGGAAACACAUGGCAACCACCUGCAUUCUAUAGGAUUUUAGUUUGUUUUUACAGCUUUCUAUUUACUUUUUGUGUGAAGUGAAGCAAAGCCUGGCAUUUGAAUUUUUCCCCUUUAGACAAUUCUCAGUGCCAUUUGUUGAAUUAGUCCAUUGUUUUCCCAUUGUUUCAUGAUUCUUCAUUUUUUACUGUUCAUUUCUUCGUUCCACUAGAAUCUCGAGUUUCUCUCUGUUCUUGAUGCAUCACCGCCCCCAUGGACUUCUUUCUCCUUCCCUGGGCAACGCCCCCUCUUCUCAUCUUAACUGAGGAGACAGUGGAUGGGGGUAGGCUUUUGUGUGAACUGUGACGUAUCACACCCACCCUCAGAGCUUCACCCCGUCUCAGGGUCCCCGUCCUGCUGCCCACAGCAGAGGAGCAGGCGAAGUUCCAGGCAUGGAUGACGGUCUCAUUGAAGGAGCAUCUUUUCCAUGUGGGGCGGCCCCUGUCAUCCCAGCUGGGGCCAUGGAGCACACACACCCAGGUCACCCGGGGGAGCCAGGCGUGGGGUCACAGCCAGGCGCCUGCUGCCUCACAGUCAGAGCGGAUCGCUUUCCCACGGUAAAACGUCGGUGCAUCCCGAGCCCCCAAGAAGCAAAUCUUCCUCUCCCGCGUGUCCCCUAGUCUCUGUAGCUGGCCAGCAUCCUCUAAGCCGUGUAAACUAAAACACCCUGUCCCCCGAAAUUCAAAUCCAUCUGUCAUUCUUGUGACACCCUCCGCCAAAUACCCGCAAAGCCCCCGCCUUGUUCCGGUCCUGGCCACGCCCUCAUCUGACCCAGGACAGCGUCCGGCCUGCUCACCUGCCUCCACCUCCCCUCCUGCCCCACACCUGUGCUCCACGGAGCCAGGAGAGCUUUGCAGAAGCAUAAACUGCAUGAUGGUGCCUUUCUGCUUAUAGCCCUUUAAUGCUUCUAAUUUUACUCAAAUAAAACCUGAAGUCCUCUUCCUGGCUUACAUAGUCCUUCAGACAUGCCAGGGGGCUUCCAGCUGGGGCCCUGCACUGACUGUUCCCUGGGCAGACGCCGUCCGCCCCGAUGUGGGCCCAGCGGGUCCAGCCGCUCAGACCUCAGCUCCAGGGAGAGGCCACUCAGGCCCUUCGCUGCCCUCCUGGUCACCAAAGCCACACACUGAGGCUCUGCAUUGACUGUUUUGUCCCCAUCCUCACGGCCAGUGGACACCCACCGGGUGAUGCUAGGCCCUUGUGGCAUCUUUCCCGUUAAAGCCCUUCAGCGGGAACUGUGCCUGGUGCCUGGAAUAAGGUCAAAAACACUAGGCAGAUGAACGUUGGGUUUUGGGUACGACCUUGCCCCACGUGAGUCCUUUUAAUGCCCCAUCUGAGGGACAUCUCCAGCCAGGUAGGGGCCGCAGCGGAGCCCAGGGACACGCCUGGUUUCACCUCCUUUGUGUGUUUGCUCACGUUUUCCCCCAAAGCUCGGGGGCUGGCAAGGGGGAGAGACCCAGGGCGAGGCCAGUGCACUGGUUUCCUCCUCAGGGCCCCCGAGGGCUCCCGCUUCUGUGUGGGGCUGGGAGUUGCCCCAGAGCUGCUUCUGGGAAGUGAUCGUGGGGCAGGAAUUCAAUUUGGUGGCUCUCCGCCGUCUGGAACAGAAUCACAGAUGGCUGUGUCUGCGAAAACAGAAAUAUCCAUGUGGAUUCAAGAGGGCUGUCCGUCCUGACGGUCUGGACCAGCCUAACAUAUUCUGGUGGCGUCUGCAGGUUUCCGAGAAGUGCUGGUAAAAUUGAAUGAGUUCCUCUCAGCUUCUGAGGGACAUUAGGGCCUCCAAACUGAAUGAUCGAGUCUGGUCUUCUGGAGACUGUAGAGCUUCAGAAAUGCAGUUAUGAUGGAACCGAGGUCCCCCUGACCUCGUGGCAAAACGACGCUGAAACCCUGUUGUCUGCAUUUCGUGGUUUCCUCCUCAGAUGCCUCAGAAAGCAGAGAGCGCUUCCUUGGACUCAUCAGGCCGCCCUCACUCCCCACAGCCGGUGCCUGGAGAGUUUAUCCCUCACCUUUCUUGCCCGACCCCAGGGUCCGCCUUGAGAGAUGUGCCUCGCCAGCAGCUGUGCGGGAUCCAGAGGGAGAAGGCAGACGCCACUGUCCUAGCAAAACGGGACUCGUGACGGCAGAGAGCUCAGGACACACCGGGCCCCUCUGGGGCAGACGGGGGUGGGUUCCAGCUGGGAGGGCGCUGUGUGUACAGAGAGACGGGAGGCUGAUGCAGGGCUGGAGGCGUGGAGCGUUGCCACCCCAUGUCCUGCAGACCCUCCCCUCCCACCUGCUGGUGUGGCAGCAUGGCUGCCCCACCCUGAGACUUGGGGACACCUAGGUAUGCCUUCCCCUGGAGCCCUCUCCACCGGGCCAGCCCCAGCCACCCUCUGAGGACACCCGUGCUUGGCCCCCUAAUCCUGUCUUAUGUGCCCUGCUCCAGGCAGAUUUCCUCUGGGGGGCACUUCCUUAACGAUGCACCUGUACACAGACCAGAUCUUCAGGGCCGGCUGCCAGACAGCCCGACCGAAGACCGUCUGGGCACACAGAAGCUGCUAGGAAGUAUUGGAUGAUUGGAUGAAGAGAUGUCAGAGGCGUGGAGGAAUGUGGCACCAUCUUUGCUUACGUGUCACCUUCUGACCAUGAGCUGGAGAGGUGACGGCACUGAUCCUGCAAGGAUGCUCUCCAGACCUCUGUCCCCGCAGCUGGUCUCCAAUAACGGGGUGGGGGCAGAGGGGCUGCUAGGGACAGACAGCUUUGUGGAGCGCUGCACCCUGCACUCCCCUCACCGAUGGUCCCCAGUUGAGACCGUACAUUUACAUCUUGGACCAGUACUGCAUUAAAUACAUACACUUAAUUUUCAAGUCCAUCCUCUCACACACUUGGCCUUGGAACCCUUUCUUCACCCAAUGCCAAUGAGCGUUCUUGGUGAACAAGAAUGUUCACCUUGAGCAAGAAACACGUUGGGUGUUUCUUUCCACAGAAAACACCCAACAAAAGCAAUGCUCAGAGACGGACUCCCAUGGCGCAGGAGGGAUAUUGGGUCUGAUGAGUGGUUUGGGCGGAACGUGGACCCCACACCAGGGCCGCUACAGGACGUGCAGAGCACUCUCUGGAGGACAGGGCAUAGCUGGAAAUUAGGCGGAUUCGAUGAACAGCCAAACCUAACGAACCCUGCAAAGACUGAGCUGUCAGUGGCAACAUCCGGAAUUGAAGCACACAGUCUGUCAGCGAGGUAUGUCGCUGAGGUCGGCUCUGCACACAGCCAUCUGCCAGCUGUGGCAGGGGCGGACAGCAAGGGUGCCGGUGUGCAGAGCCCCGCUGAUGGACCAGCUCCAAGUCAAUGCCUCUGGACGCCAAGUCCAGGCUCCUCUUGCCUCCAUGGGGAUGAGAGACGAAGCGCAGCUGUGGGCGGUACCCGCCCUCGGUACCUGACUCAGCCACGCCCAUGUGUGGGGCGCUUCCUGGUCCCUAGUCCCCCUCCUGGAAGAUACAGGGUGGUGCCUGGUGGGCCCUGGAGCACAGCGCUGGUUCCUGGCUGGCUGCAGGUAGGCUGUGGUAAUCUGGGCUCGGCCAAAGCUCUGGUUCCUGCCCAUCCUUUAGUUCUUGCUCACUCUUGGCUGAGCUCAGCACACCUUUGUCGGAUGUGCAGUGUUAGCGCUCCAGUGUGCAGGGCGCUAAGGCGCAGGAAGGGUGCAAACUAUGAUGCAGCAUCUCUCCCGGGAGGCACCCAGGCCUCGGAGGAGAGUCACACACUUCUUAACGAAGAGGUGAGUUGGGCAAAUUCUCACGUGUUGGCUGUGGGCCCAGGGCAUGUGAGGGUGAAGUGGGGCAGCUCCCCCCUGGAGGGGAUUCGCGGAAAGCUUCCUGAGGAUGGCGGCCAGGCAGGGGAGACGUCUCGGAAGAGUUGGGUAGGUGAGGGGAGGGGGUUUCGGGCUUGCUGAGGAGUCGGGGAGAGCAACAUCAUCGUGGGGAAGGGGGCGUGGAGGCUGCUUCUCGGAGACGAGACACAUGUGACCGCGAGACUGGAGUGGGGUCUGAGAGGGCUCCCCCUGGCGGCCGGCGGCCGGAGACAACAGCUUUGCGGUGACGUGAUGGGGAUCGGGGAGGUGGGACCCUGGGCUUGGGGAUUCCCUGGUCGCGUCAGCUAGAACAAGGGGCACAGCAUCCCGAGUCCCCCGUUCUGCUUGCCCAGCACGCGCAAUCUGCAUGGAUUGGAUUCUGUCCCAGGAAACCCUGAACCUAUAACCGCCUGGACCUGGUUGGGGCUUUCUGUGGCACGGUGGCGUGUGGUGGCCAGGGGUCUCCAGAGAAGCAGAACCAACCGGAGGUAUAUAUACAUAUAAGUGCACCUGAACGGGACACAGCACAGCAUUUCGGGAGCUGUCUCGCGAUUACGAAGGCCGAGGAGUCCCAGGGCCCACCUGCGGUCAGCAAGCCAGAGGCCAGGACAACGCAGUCUGAGUCGAGGGCCCAGAGCCUGCGGAGCUGCUGGGGUAAGGCCCUGUUUGAGCCUGAAAACAGAGACCCAAGGCACCGAGGUCCGAGGGCGGGAGAAGGCAGACGCCUGGGCGUGAGCAGAGAGAGAGACUUUGUGCUCUCCCUGCCCUUUUGCUCUCUCCAGGCCCUCCCUGGGCGGACGAGCUCAGUUCACUCACAGGCUGACAGAAGUCACACUGAGCAGAUCUCUGGGCGGCCCGUGGCCAGUCAGGGCAACGCAUGGGAUCACCCAUCACACCACACCUGGGGACAGGAGAGAGGGCCACAGCCCUGGACCAGGCCUGGCCGCUGCCAGUGCGGCGACCGAGCACCGCUCGCGCCCCAACGCCAAGGCCGGGGGUCUCUUCUUAGAGACUCUUGUGACCGUUACGGACCUGGCCUUUGUCCUGAAGGUGGUGGGAGGCCCUGAAGUGCUGUGAGAGCCGGGAGCUGACCGCCGGCGCGGCGAUGGAGCGAGGACCCUGUGCGGCCUGCUGGAGGAUGACAGAGGAGUCGGGCCAUAACAGCCGGGCGGGCAGGGCCAGGCUCUGGGCCGGAGGUGCAGGUGCGCUUUUCCAACGACAGUUCUGCGACUCCAGCUGAUGUCAGUUCAGCUCUGACCUAACCGCCCGGCCUCCGUGUCAGCCUCCAGCCGGGUCGGGGCUCAGACCCACACGACUCUCCCACUCCAGACGCCAGGCACAAGCCCAAGGUCGCCACAUGUCUGAUCAACUGGCCGUAAAUUCAGGGGCUUUCGAAGCGACACCCGGGGACGCUGAGAACUGCUGACGAGAUUUCUGACCCGAGCCCUGGGCGAGCACUGGUGAAAGUGGCUGUUGACAAGAGGCCUCUGGGCAAUGGCCUUGGGAUGCAGCGCUGCCUCGGAGGGUGGCCGGCUCUGCUCUCGCUCCUGUAACAGCCACGCAGGUUUUCCGUGGAGGGGAACGACGAGCGUCCCUGAGCACCUGCUCUGUGCUGUGUGAUCUUGUCGGUUAGAGAUGAUUCCUUGUUGCAGAGGAUACCUCAGUAACGCUCUCACUUGCGUUAUCUUGGUCGUUGAAGCAAGUUUAUGGAAUAAAUAGAACAGGUGUCUUUAGACGCAUUUUACAGAUCAAGAGCGAUUCAAAGAGCUUGAGUCUCCCCGAAGGCUCCUAAGCAAUACGAUGAGGAACCAGGGCUUGAACUGACACCUGACUCCAGCUUCCACGUUGCUGUGUGAUUCCUCAUGUAGAGCGAUUCUAUGAGGAACCGUGUGCGGCUCUGCAUUAAAUGUGGAUCCAGCUGUUGUUGUGGGGUAAACACGCAUCAACUAGAAAGACAUCCAAAACUCCCAUUGUCUGGGAAAACAUGAGAUGUUUCCAUGAACCUGCAUUUGAGGCUGCCCUCUACUUGUAGGAGAAAGAGACACAUCAUGUGAGCACGAAUUUACGUUGAGUGCCAAAUUACUUUAGUCCCAGCAACAACGUCUGGGGUGAGUAACCCCGUCUUCCACCUUGUUGGAGGCCUGGAAGCAGCAGUGCUCAGAACAGGUUCAAACCCACAGAAGAUGCCCAUCAGCAGAGGCACUGCUCCACCAGCUUAGAGCUCUCGGUGGGCUGUCCAGGUUCAAACCCACAGAAGAUGCCCAUCAGCAGAGGCACUGCUCCACCAGCUUAGAGCUCUCGGUGGGUGUCCAGAGAUGGGGCUUAACAUGAUAAAGUCAAGAUGGGCAUCGGCUGCACCUUUAGGUCCUAUAAAAGAGACCUGUCCAGACCCAUUCAGACUUCAGGGUGAGCAAGGGUUUUCUUGAAAGUGUUUUCUUUCCUCUAAUAUUAGAAAAUAAGACAGCCUGGGAUAAUAUGAAAUUAUGGUUCUUUAAAAAUAAGAACGUUUUAAAUCCAUACUUAUUUAUAUCUGGUUUUGGGGGAGCCUGUGCUGGACGCUGGGAAGGGAGAGGGACCUGUCAAAUACCGCCUGCCUCCAGGGCACUUAGAAUCCGAGGGAGGAAGGAUUGUUUUAAACAAUAGUGGCAACGGUGGAAUGUGGGAUGUGCACUUGUGACACUGGGCCGUGUUGUUCUGAGCGCUGGGCGGAGGUGUCGGUGAUGGGGGCCCGGGGCCCGGGGGUCCAGCCGAAACUGGGGAGGCGCAUGGGGACAGCACACAGCACUGAGGCAUGGGUAUUUCAGGGUGAGGAAGGAGCAAGUGCAGAGACCCCAAAGCACGGGUGCAUGUGUG